AUGUCAUGGUCCGGGUGGGCGCUUCCAUGGGGCAGUGACGGCUUGCUCAUGCCGGUUGGCCUCUACGCCACCGACGUCCUCGAGAUGGCGCGCCAAUUUGUGGAGUUGGCUGGCUUGGGGCGACGAAGCAAUGGUCCCAGAAGCUUGGAUGCCUUUCUUUCAGACGAGAACCAGGUGGUCAUGGCUGUCGAGGACAGGAACAAGGCUUGCAUCCAAGCAUCCUUCUUCAGCAAUGCGUUCCACGGCAAGCUGGAAGAGCAUGCCUCAGCAGGCAAGUUGGAUGUGGGCUUCGGACAAUUUUUUGAUUUUGGAGAAGAAGCUGGCUAUGGACCCACUUCCUAUUUCGUCUCGGCUGAGGGGUUCUUUUACGUCCUCUGCUAUCGAGCUGCUGACGGCGAGUGCUUCAAGGGCGACUUCGACGACGACAAGUGGACCUACCGAGCUGGAUCACGAGCAGCCUGCACCAUCCAGUGGGUUGGAGAGGGCCCUGAUGACUUCAACCUUCUGUGGGAUGGCAUGCAAGUUGAAAGGGCACUUGUGGCCACAAAGACGACAACGUCCAUGGUGCUUGCACUUCGGUUGUCCCGCUGGGAAGAUUCAAAAGGACGGCCCUGGAGUGUCACAUUGGCCAGAUGCUCUUCGGCCGGGCCCUUGCCUACGUUCUUUUUCUGGAGAAGCAGGUGCCUGGGAAGUGCUUCUCCAUGGCUCCUGUGCCAGAGUCUGCAAGCAAGGCAGUGA